AUGAAAUCCAACCUACUGCCUCCGCACGCCGUUUAUGUCCGUUCCACGGGCUCAACAUUGCGCAUGCAACUGCACAUCCUUUUUGGAUUUGUGCUAGGUUUCUUAAUGGCGCUUUGUACUCUGCUUCUUUAUAAUUGCUAUCAAAUAGAAACGGUAACGCACCGCCAACAAAUCACAGCCACAGAAUAUUGGCAAACAGGUUACAUGAUGGCCAUGCAAGAUGUGGCGACUGAGGCAGAGACGCUGCAACCCCUCAAUACGAAGGUGCGAGUCCUGUGUAUGGUGCUGACAUCGCCCGAUCAGCAUGCGAGUCAUGCGCGCCAUGUGAAAGCCACUUGGGGUAAACGUUGUACACGGUUGAUAUUCUUAAGUAGCCAAGUGGAUGAGAAGUUGGGCGCUGUGUCGGUGGUCGAACGUGAAGCGGACACUUACGACGAUUUGUGGAAUAAGACGCGCGAGGGAUUUCGAUAUGUGUAUGAGCGUUAUUAUGAUGACUACGAUUGGUUCGUCAAAGCAGACGAUGAUACGUACAUGGUCAUGGAAAAUUUACGCUAUAUGCUGUACGCAUAUUACCCACAGACACCAAUCUAUUUCGGCUACCAGUUGAUUCGAUAUGGCGUGCCUUACAUGUCUGGUGGAGCAGCAUAUGUACUUAGCAAAGAAGCUCUGCGUCGCUUUAUGACUAUGGCCUUCCACAACACUACUCUCUGUCCGCGUGCAAGGAAAUUCGGCAUUGAGGACUUCAACAUGGGUAUCUGCUUGCAAAAUGUUGGCGUGCAUCUCGCCGAUGCACGUUUCGCCUUGGGCACCGAUAAUAAACCGAAAUUUAUUCCAAUUGAUCUGCACACCUACAUGAGCACCGACAAUACUACAGAAAUCUCCGAUUGGCUACUCUCCAUGUCACCGCAUAGAGUCGAAAGUGGCUUAAAUUGUUGUUCCAACUACUCGAUUGCUUUCCAUUAUACAAAUCCCUGGGGAAUGUACUUGUAUGAGUAUCUCAUUUAUCAUUUACGCGCUUUUGGUGUAUCCCAUCAUACGAGAUCUUUGCCGGCUAAGUUGCCGCUGGAGGAGGUGAUACGUUUAUUUCCCAGUAAUUACUCCGCAGAUGACAAACCUGUAGUGGAUUUAGGUGCACGAAAUCUGGCAGAUGAAAUGUGA